AUGGCUUCUUUGGUACGCUCACCACCGCCUGUCAUGGACACCUCCGGCAAGAUCUUUGCUCAGGACGAUGAGUUCUGGGACAACUAUUCCCGGGGGCGUCCACAGGUCCCAGAAACCUUCUGGGACUGCAUAUUCGGCUACCACCAGAGCAAAGGCGGCGUUUUCGGCACCGUCCACGAUGUAGGCGCCGGCAACGGGCCCUACGCCCAGCGACUAUGCUCUCGCUUCGCCAACGUCAUAGUGUCGGACAUCGUGGCCGAGAACAUUCGCCUCGCGCGUGAACGUCUCAAGGACCAGCAAGGAUUCAGUUUCCGAAUAUCUGCGCUGGAAGAAGCCGACGACAUCCCGGCCGGCAGCGUGGACAUGGUGUUUGCGACCAACGUGAUGCAUUUUGCAGAGCCUCAGCAUGAUGCCAUGGCAGGCAUUGCACGCCAGCUGCGUCCGGGUGGCACGUUUGUAGCAUCACUUUUUGGUCCUGCACGCUUUCGGGACGCGAAAAUCCAGAAUCUGUGGGAACGAGUCAGUCACCAGGGCGGCAGGGAGCUUCUCAAAGUGUCUGAUGAUCCGGACCAGAUCAUCAAGGUCAUGGCGCGGACCGAAGGCACCUACAACGUUGCCCCACUUGAUGAAGAGCUUUUCGGCGACAGGAUACGGAUCUAUGUGAACAUGGAACAUGGCGGCAUCCAAGGCAUGUUGCCCCCAGAACUCGCACACCGAAACACUGAGCCCGACUACGCCGUGGGCGACACCAAGAGGGUUGAGAAAAUGGAUGGAUGGACAUUCCAAACCGAUCUGGCAGGCGUUAAGGAGCAUUUUGGGUCGUUUCCUUUCAUUUCGCGGUUUCCCGACGCGUUCACGGACUUGUACAAGGAGUUGGAGGAGUUACUUGCGGACGGGAGGACUGUCGAAGGAUAUUUCCCUGUCUCCAUAAUCCUAGGAACAAAGAAAUAA